UAUGUCAGUGUCCUAAUUGUUAAUUAAAUUAUACAAUCUAGUUGCAGAUCAUAAUGAUAUCACAUCCUUCUAAAUGUUUUUGAAAUCUCAGAACUUAAUUCAAUAACUGAAUAUUAUAAUUGAGCAUAUUUAAAACAAUAAAAUCAAAUAGGAUUACAAAGAAUUAGAAAAAUAAUUGUAGAAAUAUGAAUCUGAAGUCAGAGUCAAUAUUAGAGUAAAUCGUUUAUAUUAUCAUUUCAGGAAUCUUAUAUAAUGAAUUAGAAAUAUGAUGAUAUGAAAAACUAUAUCAAAUAGUUAGAAUAAGAAAGAGAUGAAUUCUUAAAAAAUACAAAAAAGAAUUUGAAUGUAUUAUUUAUUCGAUAAUUAGUUUUUAGAAAUUAAAAAAAGAGAAUGAGGAACUCUAUACAAAAGUUAAAAUCUUAUAAGAAGAAUUAAAUUACUAUAGACAAAUUGAAAUAUAUACCCAACAGUCAACUAAAAUAAGUAAUACUAAAACCAUAGAAAAACCAAAUAAACUCAAAGACAAACGAUUUCAUACUAAUAUUACUCCUCAAAAGUCAGCCAAUUAAUCUUUUGAUUAUUUAGUUAAUAAAAGAUUAAGUUAAUAGAUUGUCCAUAGAAAAUAAAGUUUCUAAAAAUAUAUGUCUAAUAAAAGGAGAUCUUGCACUACUGAUUUAUCUAAAAGUAUGUGA